AGCUCUAGCAACGAGCCCUGCUCCAGCUCCCUCAUCCCAUUGCCCUGCCGGGCCCAGCCAUGGAGCUGGGAGCAGUGGGGGACCCCCGUGGGGUCUGCAGGGCCACCCCAGCAGGGACCUGCAUCAUCCCGCGCAGGCCCCGGCCGCCGGUGAGGAUCCUGCAGCAGCUCCCGGGGCCCGCCGUGGCGCUGGAGCCCGGCCCCGGAGCCCCGCGUGUCCGCGGAGGUUUCAUGGAGCUGAUGAUGAUCCAGAGCUCCCACAUGCACCAGGUGCUGAUGAACAGCCUGGCUCUGUCGGCGCUGACGGCCUUUGGGCUUGGGCCGUCCCCAGCCGCUGCCCAGGCCAUGGAGGAGCCUUUGCAGACGGUGGAGGGAGAGGAGGCCAUGGUGUUCCACCACCACUACAUCCCCUACCUCUGGCCCCUUCCCGUCCUGUCAUGGCCGGGCCCUGUACAGGAGUGGGGGCCGGCGGCCGUGCGGUACCUGGGCUCAGGAGCUGAGGAUGCGGAGCUCGCGGUACCGCCCCCCCCGCCUCCCAGCGCCACCGGGACCGUGGGAGCCAGCAUCCCACCAGCAUCGGAGUACUACAACGUGGUUGAGGAGAGACUGUGAGCUCCGUGCUCCUCAGGAUGGUUUCUCCCACACGUCCCUGCCCUGGACCCCAUUGGAUCACAGAAUCAUCGGGGCUGGAAGGAGAUGACCUGCUCCAACCCCCUGCCACGGCAGGGCCCCCCGGAUACACAGGGACACAGACCCUGCAGGUGCUGAGCACCAUACCCAUUGUUUGAGGCUGGCACUUCAUGCACAUUGGCUUCCUCCCCACAAGCCACCCCAUCACAAAGCCUGUCACAAACCCCUGCUGACAGCGUGACCCCAAACAGAGACAGGUUUUAUCUCCGUGCUCUGCAGAGGGCUCCUCCCCACAGGUUGGUGCCGACAUCCCAGUCCUGGCUGGACAACGCGUGUCUGCCAAGCCAUGGGGAUGUUGCAGCACAGCCUGUGCUGGAGGGGGUGGUACCAGCCCAGGUGGUCCUG